AUGGAGGGCCAGACAAGCUGCUUGAUUCUUGCACUGCUGUGUUUCCUUCACCUGACCUCCUCUAGUAUUGAAACCUCCAGUGUCGCCGAAGAGAACCCGGCAAAGGAAAUGAUUCGAGUCGGGCUAGUUUUCAGCAUGAGCUCAUCCAUGGGGAAGGUGGUGGAGAACUGUAUAUCCAUGGCGCACUCCGAUUUCUACGGCGCGCACCCCAACUACCGCACCCAAUUGUCACUUCUCAUCAGAGAUCCAAAGGACGACGCCGUCGAUGCGGCAUCAGCAGUUGUAGACUUGAUGGAGAAUGACCAAGUCCAUGCAAUCCUGGGCCCAGAAAGGUCCUCACAAGCUAAAUUUGUAAUCGACUUAGGAGCUAAAGCUCGAGUCCCAAUCAUAUCCUUCUCAGCUACAAGCCCAUCCCUUUCUCCCAUGCGAAGCCAUUAUUUCGUUCGGACAGCCUACGAUGACAGUUCACAAGUUGGUGCUUUAGCGGCUGUAGUUCAAGCUUAUGGUUGGAGGGAAAUAACCCUUGUUUACGAAGACACUGACUAUGGCAACGGCUUGGUUCCAUACCUUGUCGACGCUUUCCAAGAGGUCGAUGCUCAGAUCUCUUAUAGAAGCGUUAUUCCUCCAUCUGCGAAGGAUGUGGACAUCCAGAAAGAGCUCAAUAAGUUGUUGACGAUGCAGACAAGAGUGUUUCUUGUUCACAUGACCGCUGUGAUCGGGUCUAGGUUCUUUGUUCUAGCGAGUAAUGCGGGAGUGAUGAGCGAGGAGUUUGCGUGGAUUGUCACUGAUGGUUUGUCGUCUUCACUAGACCCUGUCAGCUCUAAUGUUAUGAACUCGAUGCGAGGUGUACUAGGCGUAAGGCCCCAUCUACCACCUUCGGAGUCUCGUAGAGAUUUCAAAGAGAGAUGGACGAAGCUUCGUGCAGAGAUAAAUUCACACAACGAGAAUGCGGAUCUCAGCCUCUUCGGCUUAUGGGCAUACGACACAGUCACGGCAUUAGCCUUAGCAGGAGAGAGAGCAUGGGAUCCUGCACUGUCUAGAUACUUAAAGCCGAAUACCAGCAGAAAUAAUCUCAACUUUUCGUCUAUGGGGAUUUCGGAGAUGGGCCCGAAAUUGCUCGACAACAUUCUAAGCAUCAACUUUCAAGGCCUUAGCGGAGAAUUUAACUUGCGCGAUGGCGAACUUCAUCCCACUGCAUUCGAAAUCUUUAACGUUGUAGGACAGACGGAGAAAAUCAUCGGAUAUUGGACUUCGGCACAAGGACUUUCACCUGAAUUGAACUCAUCAACAAAGGUAGAUUAUACAGCUUCAGCCAUAAAUUUGAAAGCCCCUAUUUGGCCAGGACAUACACGAAAGCCACCGAAAGGUUGGGUGAUGCCGAUAUUAGGAAAGAAACUAAAGAUCGGGGUUCCAAAGAAAGACGGCUUUAGUGAGUUUUUCAAAAUCGAAUGGGAUCCCCAUACGGGUGUUCCUUGCUACUCAGGAUUCGUCCAAGACAUGUUUCUCGCGGUACUGCAAGCAUUACCUUUCGCUGUUCCUUACCGAUAUGUACCUUUUGUGAAUGAGAGCAGGCAAAGUGCAGGAACUUAUGAUGAUAUGCUGUAUAAAAUUAAACUUCAGGAAUUCGAAGCUGUUGUAGGAGACACGACUAUCGUCGCGGAUCGCUCGACCUACGUCGAUUUCACACUUCCCUACUCAGAAUCCGGUGUAGCAAUGGUAGUCGCCAUUAAGGAUGACGAGCGGAGGAACAUUGGUGUGGCUGCUCGAACAUCGUACGAAUGA